AUGGGAGCUGAUGUGCCGAUUUCAAGUUUAUUAGAGAAAUUAAACAAGUUGAAAGACGUUGUCCAGGAAAGAUUUAUCUAUCCAAGACUGAGAAAUCAUGUAUAUGUUUCCAUCGACGAACUACAACGCAUUCGGAACGAACUUGAAGAAAUAGAGGAUACCAGUACCCUUCUUCCCACUGUUUACACUUCAGAUGAUACCAGCACCCUUCUUCGCUCUGUUUACUCUGCUGAAUUUCUAAUCGAAACUUUCCUCCUCAACACACCAAUUCAUUGCCGACGGGAUGAUCUCAAAAAUCUUACCAAAAACCUGCCAAUUCCACCAUGGACCCAAUUACGGUUCAGCUCCAAAUUGAAAAAACUCGUGAAGAGCUUAAAAGCUGUACAUUGUGAAUCGCGGCCUCGCAGAGACCAUUCGGCAAUCAAUCACAAAACCCAUGAAUUUGAAGAUGAUGAUGAUGAUGAACUUGUUGGAUUUGGAGAUGUGGAAGAGAAGAAUCUGGUAGAUCGACUGAUCAACGAUGACGAGAAAAGCCUCCGCGUGAUUUCUCUGGUCAGCGAAAAGGCUGUGGGCAAGACAGCUCUGGCAAGGAAGGUUUAUAACAGCCUCGACAUUCGGCAAUUUUUUGAGUGCCGUGUUUGGCUCCAUGUUCCCAAAAAUAUUGAAUGCAAGGAUCUGUUGAUUGUCUUCCUCAAACAGAUUCCGAUGGGGGUGUUGAAGGGGGUAGAGCUCAUGAGCGAGGACGAGCUGUCUGCUCUGCUUUUCCAGACUUUAAUGGAGCUCAGGUUUCUAAUAGUAAAAAAAAAUGUCUCCUUGUUUGAUGUCUGGCUCAUGUUAGCAUGUCCCUUUGCAGACGCCGCCAAUGGUAGCAGAGUCAUCCUCACUACUCACAACUCUAAGAUAGCCUUGGAUGUUGAUCCGUGGAGUCUCCUACCGCUGGAACUCAAGCCCUUCACUGAUGAGCUGCGUUGGGAAUUGUUCUCGAACAAGUUUCGUGUAGGCAGACAUGACACAGAUACACACCGCCAGUUAAACAGUUACAAGGUAAAAAUUCUGAAAAUAUGCAGCGGUUUGCCUCCAGCAAUUGUCCUGCUUGGACGAUUGUUGUCAACUAUACAAUCUAAUGAGUUGUUCGGGGUAAUUGAUAGUCUUUUAAUCGACUUGGACAAAUUUGAUCAAUCACCUCUCUCAAAUAUUAUAGCUUUAUGUUUUCGUGAGCUACAGUCUGAGUUGAAGCUAUGUUUUCUUUACUUGGCUCUCUUUCCCAAAGAGUAUGAGAUCUCCAUGCGGAGGCUGUUGCAGUUGUGGAUUGCAGAGGGUUUUGUGAAAAAUGUCAAGUACCCAACAACCUGA